AUGGAAGUGGUUGGAGAUAUUAAUGAUGUAGUGUUUAAAGGAGACCCUUUGGAACAGUACCUACAAUGCAAUAUUCUAUUCACACUGUUGGCCUUCCUACUGCCGUUUCUCACACACCUAUCAUUGGACAGGAUAUCGAUAGACUCCAAGUUAAAUCAAAUCACUGUUCAGCAUCAUGACAAUGUUAAACAGCUCAAGCUACUACUAGACUCAAUCGACACCAACAAUGACAUCAUUUUAAAGUCAAUUCAGUAUAUCAGAGAGGUGGAGCUUGUGUCCAAAGGUUACCGAUUUUCAUCACCACUGAUACCAAUAGAGAGAAUAGAGUUGGACAAGAAAAAAUCAGAAAAGACAUAUGUCAUUAGAGCAACGCUGACCAAUCUCAUCCGAUCAUCUGCUCAACAUAUCAAGAAUCAGUUGGAUGAAAUAUCAACUCGUCAUCAAGUGGAUGCUGUCCUAAAGAAUCAUUACCUCAAGAGUAGUCUCUCUGACUUAUUCUCAUCUACACUGAUUGCCCAUGAUGAUGAUGAUGAUGAUGAUGAUGAUGAUGAUGAUGAUGAUGAUGAUGAUGAUGAUGAUGAUGAUGAUGAUGAUAGUGAGAUCACAACAGCACAAAUGGAGCGAGACAGUCAGCUAUCCAUUAUUACCAUCAAGCAGAUGCUACAGGAAUAUCAUCUAAUUGUAUCAAACUAUUUCACCAUACUCAUUAUGAUCAUUGCGGAGGAGCAACAGCAGCCACAAUCCACCAACAAUGGCUUGCGUAGAGUAUCUGAUAUGCUCAACAUUUCCCUGUCACUCAACCAAACAAUGGCGUUGUCAUUCAGCAGUGUACUGAAAGUGAUCAAGCAAAAGGAAUCUUUGAUGAAGAACAUUCUGUCCAAUGAAAUAUGGGAGAAUAGGACUCCAAAGAGGAUAAUACUCAAUAGAACCAAAAAGACAUCUCUUCAAACUUUCCUUUCCUCAAACAAUCACAUAAUCGACUCGAUCAACAAUGUUGUCAAUCCUUCAUUGGCCAGGAUCAACAGUAGACUGUCUAGCUUGGACAAGAGUAGAAGUACUGACACCAAUAAUGAAGGUGGCGACGACGACGAUAGUCUGGACGACACAUGGUUGGAUUUGGUAGCACUGGAUGAUGUUGCUGCUGACUCCCUCUCAAUUGGCAAUGAGCUGGCCAAUGCUAUCAAACAUUGGGAGAUGGCAAAAAGAGCACUUAUUAGAGUGAUACAUUCGAUACCUCUGGAUAAGAAGCAGCCUGAUUCCACUGAUCGAUCAAUCAGCGAUGAAUUGUUGGCCACGACACAGCUGCAAGACGAAUAUACCUUUGAGGCAUAUACAGGUCCAUUGGAGGAGAGUCCGUCUAUAGCAUUGGAGUCACAACCAAUUCUGGACGUAUGUCCUGAGGAUGGCGCACAUUCAGGACCACCCCAACCUCCACCACCCCCACCCCCACUGCCAAUGCCCAACCAACCAAGACUCCAUCCGCCACCAAAAAGGACCGUCUAUGAUCCACUCUAUGACCAAAUCCAAGAGAAGAAGAAGAAAAAGGCGACAUCCAUUCGUUCAGAGGCUGCCUCGAUUAUUCCAGAGAAGGUUGUGAUCAACGAACUAAAGACUGUGCUUGAUAUGAUCACCAUUAAUAAGCAAUCAAAGAAGGGAUCGAACACUCAAUAA